UUGCAGCUUCUGUGCAUUUUUCUCUUAAUAGGUAUCCCUCCCUCCUGCUUCCUUUGCCUCCCCUUUCCUUGCCUGCAAUUGGUCAUCAUCCAUUAAUGAGUGUGUGUAUAUACAGUGUAUAUAUGUUGUGUCAGGAUUAGGGUACAUGGCUUGAAUUAAGCAGGUUUCUGUCAGGGUCAAACUCCUUUCUGUUCCUCUCUACAACUGGGCUCUGCUCUGUACUUGGGCUGGAGUGCAGGGAGGACAGAAAGAUAGUGGAUUAGUUUGAAUUUAAUUUGUCUCUGAUUGCUGCAAACUGGGCUUUCUAAAUAUGUGGGCUUGGCAGUAGGGUACAAGAAUUUAGCUUGUUUUUGUUGCAGUUGGGAUUUUUGAAUAGCUAUAGUGGUGAAGAAGAAGGAGGAGGAGGAGGAGAAGAAGUGGUUUGUUGUGAAGCAAAUGGGACUUGAGAUUGAAGGUUUGGAUUGAUUUGUGGGAGUGGAUUUGCUUGCUAGGAGGAGGAAUUUGGUUUGUUAUGGAGUCGUUGAAUGUGAUGAGUAGCAGUAGUAACAACAACAAUAACAAUAAUAAUAUGCAGGUGGAAGAGAAGAGUGAAGAUUUGCCUCCUGGGUUUAGAUUCCAUCCCACUGAUGAGGAGCUGGUUACUUAUUAUCUAACAAAAAAGAUUCUGGAUGGCAGCUUUUCUGGACGUGCAAUCACUGAGGUGGAUUUGAACAAGUGUGAGCCUUGGGAUCUCCCAGGGAAGGCUAAGAUGGGAGAAAAGGAAUGGUACUUCUUCAGCCUGAGGGACAGAAAGUAUCCAACGGGUCUUCGCACUAACAGAGCCACAGAAGCCGGGUACUGGAAAACAACAGGAAAAGAUAGGGAGAUUUUCAACUCAAGAACUUCUGCACUUGUGGGAAUGAAGAAGACCUUGGUUUUCUACAAGGGAAGAGCUCCAAAAGGAGAGAAAACCAACUGGGUCAUGCAUGAAUAUCGCCUAGAGGGAAAAUUCUCAUACCACCGCCUUCCUAAAAACUGCAAGGAUGAAUGGGUGGUGUGCAGGAUCUUUCAGAAGAAUGCAGGAGGUAAGAAGAUGAGCACAAUAGGCCUGAUGAACAGAAACCCAUAUCUUGAUAUGCCAGGAUCUCCAUCUUUGCCAUCACUGCUGGAAUCUCCAUACAAUGCAACAAAUGCCAUGAAUGAUCAAGGGACACCCACUGGUUCUAUAGAAAAUGAGACAGGUACUUCUGCAAAGGCUGAUCAUGUGUCCUGCUUCUCCUCAGCAAUGGACUACAACAUUAACAACAACAAUAGUCUCUAUAAUUUCAUGGGGCAUCCUCAAUUGCAGCAGCCAGGAACUAACAAUUCUGAUCCUUGUUCAUCUGAUCAUCUAUCAGAGAUGACCAAAUUCAUCAAGCUCAACAUGAUGCUGAAUGACUCAAGGAUGAACAUGAAUGUAAACAAUAUGAAUGCCUUAUCCAAUCUCAGGCGUGACCCAAGCAUGAUAAUGCCACAUACACACUUGCCAUUUCCAUUGCCUCCACCCCUAAUGUUCAAUCCACAGAUUCCUCUCUCUUCUUCUCCAUACAAUUCCUCCUUUAAUCUUCCUCCUCAUCCUAAUCCUUCCACUAUGCUAAGGACCCUUUUUACAGGCCAGUCCAGUCUAUUAAUGGACCCAUCACCAUCUACUUUCGGUGCACUGCAUGAUAAAACAUUAGACAAAACAACUAAUUCUAACCCUAUACAAUGGGUCAACGACACAGAUCAGCAGCCAGGUAAUGAUCAACAGGCGGAUUGUGCUGCACAAUGUCUGAGCACAGAUCACUUGAAUGAAGACAUACAACUGAAUAGAUCUUUUGAUCAAGUGGACCAAUCUUCUGCAGCUGCUCCUCCAGUAGACAUUGAAUCAUUCUGGAGCUUCAGAGACCAUGAUUCUUUCUAAUUAAUGCCAAAAGGAUGUGUACAUAAAUCCAAGCCAAAAUGCUUGUGAUACAAGACCAUCAAGUUUGUCAUUGUCCUAAACAUUGUAAUAUGUCUGAUACCAUGUAAUUGCUUUCUUUCCAAUUUCAAUGUCUGAAAUAUACAGAAACUGAUGAUGA